ACAGGAAUGGGAGUUAUGUAUGAGGGCUGCUUAGACAUGCUACCAUAACCUCAGCUGAUUUUAUAUUAGCUGUUUAUAUGGAGUAUCAUUACCUGUAUUUUAUGAGGCCAUAGUUUCACAACACCACGCCAUCGUGAAUAUUUCACAUUCAACAACACGAGGAGAAUCACACACGCCGCAUUUGUUUGCCUCCGAAUUCAAACUUGGCCAAUAGGCGCAGUGCAGAUUGUCCAAUGGCGUUCUUACUUGGCGGGCACGUGACGCAACAACUCGACUGGCAACAACGUAGCGACCAAUGGUCGUCUUGGCGGUGGGAUGGGUCCUCUGAAAGUACAGGAUACAGGUGUUAGACAGUAAUAUUCAUUUUAGGAAACGUUAGUGUGAUUGAUAAACUUUCAGUUAUGGCUCUUUCCCAGUGUCUUGAGGAUUCGCCGGGUUGGCGGACACCGAGGACAGGCCAGGAUCUAAACGUUAAAGAACUUUACAAUGAGAGACACCGACUCGCUCUGGAGGAGCUGGUCGCUGGUGGAGUCGAAUCCUUUAUGGGAUUCCUGCAGAAAGAGAGAAUCCCUAACUUUCUCUCCGACGACGAGAUCAGGCGGAUUUCUCGCGCUGCUGUAGUGCCCAAAUCACUGUCUUUGAACGGAGACGAUUCUCAUUUGGACCAAUCUGGCACACUGGACUGUUCAUCUGUGACUUAUUUCCCCGAGGUCUCUGAUAUUGAGCCUCCAGUUUUAGAGAUGGGCUGGCCAGCGUUCACCACGGGGUCGUUCCGAGGAGUAACGCGUGCAGUCGCCUACUUCCAGCCGAGUUAUGGAGAGUGCAUUUACAGUUGCAAAGAAGCAGCCAGGAGGAUGAUAAAAAAUGCAAAGGAGGUGAUUGCCAUUGUGACAGACUCUUUGACAGACCUGGAUAUCUUCCAUGACCUGCAGGAAGCUUGCACACGCCGCAGAGUUCCUGUGUAUAUUCUUCUAGACCAGUCUUCUGUCCCCUCAUUCUUACAGAUGUGUAAAAACCUUCGCGUACACCUUGAUGAACUGCUGCAAAUGAAAGUACGGUCCAUAACAGGCUCUACCUACUACAUGAGAUCAGGUGCUCGGAUCACCGGAAAAGUUCAUGAGCGUUUCAUGCUGAUUGAUGGGAACAGAGUGGCUACAGGUUCAUAUAGGUUUAACUGGACAGAUGGCAAACUCAACAGCAGCAACCUUAUCGAGUUAUCUGGCCAGAUAACUGAGAAAUUUGAUGAAGAGUUCCGCAUCCUCUAUGCUCAGUCCCUACCGCUGCCACUGAAUGCAAGAGCUCCCUCUAGUGCCAGAAGCAGCAGUUUAUAUGACCAUCUUGUCCUCAAACCACCUGGAACGCCUCCCUCCUACUUGGCACGAACAACAAAGCCUCAACCAGAAUGUCUGACGAGCACUCCAGCCAGACUUCAUACCCCAGAGAUCCAACAGAUGAAUAAAGACAUUGAAGAUCGAGACAGAAAGAGUAACCCAGUUUCUGAUACUUCCACUGUAGGUGAAGACUGGCUUGAACAAGAACUCAGAGAUGAAGCGAUCACCUCGGAUGACCCUCCUCGUUUGCCGGUAACGAAUGUCACUACUCAGACUCAGACAGUCGAUGUGAUGAUCUCUCCCCCUGUACCUUCCUGCCACAUCUCAACACAAACGAUCUGCCACACCGUAGACACGAGUGUGCAAACAUGCGCUGACAACAACAAGCCUCAGAGCUCAAGCCCUAAAUCGCAAACCUCGUCCAGCAGCAACCAGAACAACCCCAGUGAUUCGUCCACAUGCAAUCUUCAAGAGGUGGACUGUCACCCACCUGUCUGUCUUGCCCCUCAAGACAUCAACCUGAGGGAAUGCUUCCUCAAGAUCACCAAAGAACGACAGCACCACUACAGCUCCAUUCGCUCCAAACUCGACCACAUGGUGACACUGCUCUCUCACAAGAGGGAACUUGUAGACCUCACCAACCUGACCCUGAGGCCCGGCCUGCACCGAGGACGCAAAGGUAAGCAAGAGGGCAGGCAGGUUCACGGUACACUUGACAAUGUUAUUACGGGAACAUGGCCCAGGUCAAGAUGUCUACAGUAACAUGAACUCAGAAGAACAGCGCUGGUGGUGGAUGUAUUGGUGUUAGUCUGCUAUGUUUUAGUACCGCACUUUUUUUAACUAAUCAGAAAAAUAUUUCGAAUGAUGUUAUGAGAGUAUGUUAUGUAAAAAUGACAAAUGUGCAAAGAUACUGAUUUUUUUCUUCUUCACUUUAAUUCUACUUAUUGUUUAGGGUGAGGGGAAUUAUUAGCAGUCUUUAAAUACUGUAGUCAAAUAAACCAAAGUACUUUUCUUUUCAGUGCUAUUUUGAAAUCCAUAAAUUUCUGUAUUUGGUUGUCUCUGUUUCUUUCUGGGUUGUUUAAAGUUGUGAAGUUAUGAAAAUAACAUUUUUUUAAACACUAUUACUGUUAUAUUCAUAUAUAAACAGUCACUCAUGGAUAUGUG